UGCACAGCCAAUGGAAAACACUCAUAUCCAAAUACAGUUGGUGUGCUGGUGGGUCUAUGUUUCUGUAUUUAAGGCAGAUACAGACUAUUGCUGUUCCUUUUUUCUUUUCAGAAGUAGCACAUACUCUUCACAGAGUCAUGGCAACUGCAGGACAGGUGAUCAAGUGCAAGGCUGCCAUUGCCUGGGAGCCCAACAAGCCAAUGGUCAUUGAAGAGAUCGAAGUGGCCCCCCCGCAAGCCCAUGAAAUCCGUAUCAAGAUUGUUGCAACUGGAGUGUGCCACACCGACUUGUACCACCUGUUUGAGGGGAAUAACAAAGAGGGAUUCCCUGCAGUGUUGGGACACGAAGGUGCCGGGAUUGUGGAGAGUGUCGGGCCCGGAGUCACUAAAUUCAAACCAGGGGAUAAGGUCAUCCCACUCUUCAUUUCUCAGUGUGGGCAAUGUAAGUUCUGCAAGAGCCCUAAGACCAAUCUGUGUGAAAGAAGCUGGUCAAACGAGCGGUAUGAUGUCAUGUCAGAUAUUGAUUCCCGCUUCACUUGCCGAGGGAAGAAAGUGCUGCAGUUUAUGGGCACCAGCACCUUUUCUGAGUACACGGUGCUGAAUGAGAUCGCUGUGGCCAAGAUCCAUGACUCUGCCCCCUUGGACAAGGUGUGCCUGCUUGGCUGUGGCAUCCCCACAGGGUACGGAGCUGCAGUCAACACAGCUAAGGUGGAGCCUGGUUCCACGUGUGCUGUGUUUGGACUGGGAGCUGUGGGACUGGCUGCGGUCAUGGGCUGCAAAGCCGCUGGAGCAGCCCGGAUCAUUGCUGUGGACGUCAACAAAGACAAAUUUGAGAAGGCAAAGGUGUUCGGGGCCACUGAUUUUGUGAACCCGAAGGAGCACAGCAAACCCAUCAGCCAAGUUCUCGCCGAGAUGACCAACGGGGGUGUGGACUUCUCCUUAGAGUGUGUUGGCAAUGUAGAAGUCAUGAGAAGUGCCCUGGAAUCCUGUGUGAAAGGCUGGGGAGUCAGUGUCUUGGUAGGAUGGACUGAUAUGCACGACUUCUCAGCCAGGCCCAUCCAACUCAUAGCUGGGCGCACUUGGAAGGGUACUCUAUUUGGAGGCUUUAAGAGUAAGGAUGGUGUGCCCAAGCUAGUCAACGAGUAUCUGGCCAGGAAACUGAAGCUGGAUGAGUUUGUGACACACACCAUGACGCUUGACCGCGUCAAUGAUGCUGUAGAGCUGAUGAAACAUGGAAAAUGCAUUCGAACGGUACUGAAUGUGUCACGACAGUAAGAAGAAUGGAGCAGCAACUUACAGGAUAUAUAUAUAGCUAUUCUAAUCACAUAUAUUAUAAAAUCGAAGCAUCUUUUUGACAUAACAGUUCACUAUGCACUUCUGCUCUACUGACAAUCUAUCAUUCCUAUCCCCUGAAUUUCUGGAUUGCAUGGAAUGUAUGGUGUAUAAACACACAAAAUAUAUAAAUUGCAAUUGCAAUUGCAAAUUCAUAAUAAAAUUUGCUUUUCAGUCAACACUUAUUUUAUUAUUGUAAGGUUUGUAUAGAAGCAACAAUUAAAAAUAUUUUUUUGCCUUCCAGUUUUGGUUUGUAUGUCUGCAUGGCUGGAUGGAUGGAUAAUUUCAAUUAUUCUUGUUACGUGGUUUUUUUUAUGCAAUGACUUUGAAUGACCUCUGUGUUUGAAAAUAUACUAUGAAAAUAAACUUGCCUUACCUUAUACCGGGGAACAUUUUAAUGCUAACAAUACAAUAUCUGUGUAAAUAUGUCAUACGUAUUUGAUGUUUUUCACUGACUCCCUCUUAAAAGGCCAUAAGUUCUGGAAACCCCCAAAGAUCAUGUUCAGCAAUAGCAGCACACAUUGUUGCCCCCAAGCUGGCCUGGCACAUCCACUAUGAUCCUCUGACCUAUGAGGUUCCUGCCAUGUCUCCUUACCUCAUCCUACCUCAUCCACAUACACAAAAUUGCGUGGCGUCUCAUUGGCCUCCAGCUCAAGUAUUCUCUCCAAAAAGAAUCUUUACAAUAGAAAUAUCUGAAAUAGUGUAGCUUAGAAAAAAGACAAAACAUCUCUAUAUCCUUAACUGUACGAUAAGAGCAUUUCUCAAAACAGUUCAUGCAUGUAGCAAAACACUAUGGAUUAGCUGCAAAAGCCUGUAACUUACCAAAACAAUAAAAAAAAUUCUUAAUUGCUUUGAAGCAUUUCUCAAAUGACAACAUUUGCAAAACAAGUGAUUUAAUACCACAUAUAGCCAACUGAACAUGAUUUCUCAUUGCUUUACACAAAUUUCUAAAUGAUUUAGUACAGAUGCAAAUGGUUUUGUACAGCUGUCUCAUUUGGUACAAUUUGUAGUUGCUUUUUACCUUGUUGGUCAAAAAAGAUUAUGUAGUUUCCCAUUGUAAUAAUUGUACACUGUCAAGUUGAAAUGCUUUUGCUGGUGAAUACACAUUCUCUUCACUCUUAAAACAAUGCUAAAACACAAUAAAUGAACAAUAUAUUGUAGCACA